AUGGCUGCCGCACCAUCUUCUCGUCCCUUUGAAUACCUCGAAAGCCUUGCUGGCACUGUCUUCUACAAACUUUACCAGCAGCCAUCAACGGCUCUCGCCAUUUUCAGGCGCAUGCUGCCUGAUCUGGCAAAAUGCUUUGUCAUGGCACUUCUCUACCUAAAGGAUCCGCUCCCCGCGGCGGAUCUGGAGGCUUGGGUUAAAUCGGAGAGCUUGAAAGAACGCGACAAUGCACUCUCCAUCCUAGGAAGACUGCAUAUUUUAUCCAACACUGUUACGGCGGAUAAUGUCCGCGCCUACAAAGUCACCGAUCCCUUCGCCACUUCAUUGCGACACGCUCUCACCGGCGCCGACCAAACACAAUCUUUUGGCGUCCUUUCACAAGUGCCUGCUGGCUCGGAAGUCUCGAUCCCCGAACUUGAUGAGUAUGCGCGACGACAGUGGGAAGGAGUGCUGGGAUACAUGGUCGGUACUGGAGGCAUGGGAGGUCCCCAAGUGACCCUCAGCAAAGGCGUGAAGGAGCUCCUGCAGGCGGGUCAUCUGGUCGAGAUCCGAGAUCGUCGCGUCGAAAUCACCCAGGAUGGGUUUGCCUUUGUCCUGCAAGAUGUCAGCACGCAGGUGUGGCAUAUCUUGAUUCUUUACGUCGAGAGCGCCAGCGCCAUCAAGAUGGACAGUGUCGAAGUCCUCUCGUUCGUGUUCCUUCUCAGCAGUCUCGAACUCGGAAAAUCAUAUGAAAAGAACCACCUCAGUUCGAAACAACUGCGCAUGCUGACCGACCUUGCCGACUUUGGUAUCGUCUAUCAAGAAUCGCCGGAUGCACCGCGUUUCUACCCCACCCGUCUUGCAACCACCCUCACGUCCGACUCCAGCGCCUUGAGCAACCCACUCUUGGGUUCCCUCUCCGGUCCUGCUGGCGAAGCCUCCAGCAAAGCGGGUACGGGCUUCAUCAUUAUCGAAACCAACUACCGUGUAUACGCAUACACCUCGUCUCCCCUACAGAUCUCCCUGAUUGCUCUGUUCACCACACUGAAAUACCGCUUCCCCAACCUCAUCACCGGCAAAAUCACCCGCCAAUCCGUCCGCCGGGCCGUCGAGAUGGGCAUCACCGCCGACCAAAUCAUUUCCUAUCUCUCUACUCACGCCCACCCGCAAAUGCGCAAGCACAACGUCUCCCGCUCGACCUCAAACCAGGCCGGGAUCCCCCCGUCAGUCCUCCCGCCAACCGUGGUGGACCAGAUUCGACUUUGGCAGCUGGAGCGGGACCGUGUCAAAGCUACGUCCGGAUUCCUUUUCAAGGACUUUGUCAGUCUGGCAGAAUACGAGGCGCCAUGUCGCUAUGCCGAAGAAAUCGGUGUUCUGGCAUGGAAGUCGGAUCGCAAACGCAUGUUCUUCGUGACGAGGCAUGAACAAGUGGCUGCGUUCUUAAGGAGCCGGAAAUAA